CUGAAGCUCACGUGACACGGGUGGCAUGCCCACCAGUGUAUGAUGCUGAAGAUGGCGUGUUGUGGGAGCUGUUUGUGUUGUCAAUGCUGUUGUAGAGAGGGAGACACCAGAACACCAGAGGAGCUGACGAUCCUGGGCGAAACCAGAGAAGAUGAAGAUGAAAUCCUACCACGGAAAGACUACGAGAGUUUGGAUUAUGACCGGUGUAUUAACGAGCCUUACGUGGAGGUGUUGGAAGGGAUGGACAAUAAGAAAGCCAAAAAGUAUGAAGCUGUCAAGUGGAUGUUAGUGUUUGCUAUCGGAGUAUCUACAGGCCUGAUCGGCGUCUUUGUCGAUUUCUUCGUGCACCUCUUCACCCAGCUGAAGUUCAGACUGGUGGGAAAAUCUGUGGAGGAGUGCAGUGAAAACGGCUGCCUUGCUUUGUCAUUGCUUGAACUUCUAGCGUUCAACAUGGCGUUCGUGUUUAUCGCCAGCGUCCUGGUUCUGAUCGAGCCUGUGGCUGCUGGAUCAGGUAUUCCAGAAAUCAAAAGUUACCUGAACGGUGUGAAGAUCCCAGGAAUCGUGCGACUGCGCACCUUUAUCUGCAAAGCCGUCGGCGUUCUGUUCGCCGUAGCCGGAGGUUUGUUUGUAGGGAAAGAAGGACCCAUGAUCCACAGCGGUGCCAUUAUUGGAGCUGGACUUCCCCAGUUUCAGAGCAUCACCUUCAGGAGAAUCCGCUUUCAGUUCCCCUACUUCCGUAGCGACAGGGAUAAGAGGGAUUUUGUGUCUGCAGGUGCAGCAGCAGGGGUGGCUGCAGCAUUCGGGGCUCCCAUCGGCGGUACUCUGUUUAGUCUGGAGGAAGGAUCGUCUUUUUGGAACCAAGCUCUCACGUGGAAAGUGUUGUUCUGCUCCAUGUCGGCCACUUUCACUCUCAACUUCUUCCGCUCUGGGAUCAACUACAACAAAUGGGGCUCCUUCCAGCUGCCCGGCCUGCUCAACUUCGGGGAGUUUAAGUGUCCAGACGGAGAUAAGAAGUGUCAUUUAUGGACCGCGGAGGACCUGGCGUUCUUCGUGCUCAUGGGGUUGGUAGGCGGCCUCCUCGGCGCAGCGUUCAACUGCAUCAACAAGCGGCUCGCCAAAUACCGCAUGAGGAACGUCCACCCCAAAGCUAAAUUCAUUAGGGUGCUGGAGAGUCUGCUGGUGUGUCUGGUGACUACUGUGGUGAUUUUCAUGUCCUCCAUGACCCUGGGCGAGUGCAGGGAUUUAGUCUCCCCAGCGGCUAACAACACAACAGCGCUAGUUAGCGUGACAGCAAAUGAGGACGUGAACUCGACGAUCCGGCGGUUCUUCUGCUCCAAUAAGACCUACAAUGACAUGGCAACACUUUUCUUUAACCCACAGGAGACUGCAAUACACCAGCUGUUCCACCAAGAUGCCACCUUUAGUCCAGUCACACUCUCUCUGUUCUUUGUGCUGUAUUUUAUGCUGAGCUGUUGGACAUAUGGUGUCUCAGUCCCUAGUGGACUCUUUGUCCCUUCACUGCUCUGUGGUGCCUCUCUGGGACGCCUAGUGGCCAACGUCCUCAAAAUGAAUCUUGGUAUGCAGAUAUACUCAGGGACUUUUGCUCUGAUUGGAGCAGCUGCCUUUUUGGGAGGCGUCGUACGCAUGACCAUCAGCCUCACCGUCAUCCUCAUCGAAUCGACCAAUGAGAUCACGUAUGGCCUUCCCAUCAUGAUCACGCUAAUGGUGGCCAAAUGGACAGGAGAUUUUUUUAAUAAAGGAAUUUAUGAUAUUCAUAUUCAUCUGAGAGGAGUGCCGCUGCUGGAGUGGGAGACUGAAGUAGAAAUGGACAAACUAACUGCCAGUGACAUCAUGGAGCCCAACCUGACCUACGUGUAUCCACACACACGCAUCCAGUCUCUGGUCAGCAUCUUGAGGACCACCGUAUAUCACGCCUUCCCCGUGGUCACCGAGAACCGGGAUAAUGAAAAAGAGUUCAUGAAGGGGAACAUCCUUAUCAGCAACAACAUCAGAUUUAAGAAAACAAGCGUGUUGACACGGGCGGGGGAGCAGAGGCGAAGGUGCCAGUCGAUGAAAUCGUACCCUUCCAGUGAACUACGUAACAUGUGUGAUGAGCAGGUGGGAGUGGAGCUAACUGAGGAAGGUCAGGACAUCCUGCAGCAGAUGCUGGAACGAAGACACGCGCCGUACCCGAGUCUGUACCCAGACCAGUCCCCUAGUGAGGAGUGGAGUAUGGAGGAGAGGUUUCGGCCGCUCACCUUUCACGGCCUCAUCCUGCGCUCGCAGCUCGUCAACCUGCUCAUACGUGGAGUGUGUUACACCGAAAAUCAGUCGAGCGCUUCUCAGCCACGGCUCUCUUACGCAGAGAUGACGGAGGAUUACCCACGCUACCCUGACAUUCAUGAUCUAGACCUCACCCUCCUCAACCCACGCAUGAUAGUGGAUGUGACUCCGUACAUGAACCCGAGUCCAUACACAGUCUCUCCGAACACGCACGUGUCUCAGGUCUUUAACCUGUUCAGGACCAUGGGGCUUCGCCACCUUCCUGUGGUCAACGCAGUAGGAGAGAUAGUGGGGAUAAUCACAAGACAUAAUUUGACUCAUGAGUUCUUAAUGACGAAGCUUAGACAGCAUUCCAUCACCAUCUGAGAGGAGCACUCACAUCAUCUGGUAUCAGCCGCAGCUCAGAUGAACCCGUGUGUGUGUGUUUGUGUGUGUGUGUGUGUGUGUGUGUGUGUGUGUGUGUGUGUGUGUGUGUGUGUGUGUGUGUGUGUGUGUGGGGCUCUCACUGUUAAGCCAAUCCUGGGUACUUUCUGGACCACAACAACAUGGUAAAGCAUGUUCGUACUGACUGACAAAGACACACACACGCACACACACACACUGUCAGACUGUAUCAUACUAAUUCAAAAACUGAAUCAUGAAACUCCAGCCACAUUCCCAUGUGUGAGAUCUAAACAUUCGCCUUGCUUUAUGAACCUCACUGUAGCACUUUUUUUUUGUUGUUUUAUUAUUGAACGUUGAUUGUUUUUGUUACCAGACUUUAAUUUUUUUAUUUUUUAUUUGUGUCAACAUGUUCUUGCACUAACUGUUCAUUUCAACAGGAAUGUAAUGUAAGGCCAGAAGAGAAUAUUACAGUAUGGCAUUAUACUAAACAAUUCCUCAUAUCCCACUCUGCAGUAUUUCAUAUAUGAGUCAGUGGUGUUGAAUUGGCAUGAAGUCUGAGAUAAUAUCUCAUCUCUUUUUUUUUUCUCCUUUUUUUUUUAUAUUAAAUGAAUACGGCAGCAUUUUCCGAACAACUUGCUGUCUAAUCCCAUGUAUGUGUGAAGACGUCAGACAAUAAGUUACGCUUGGACUGUUUUCCUGUACUGAGAACAGAACGAAAUAACAAGCCGUUGCUUUACGUAGGUGUGUUGCAGGCAUGAGGAAACGGAAUGAUGACGAGCUUCUCGUUUUUCCUCACGCGACUUCCUUUCGCUUUUCCGUAUUUCUUUUGCAGAUAUCGACAGACGCUUUCACACACGUACUGUACACGGCUCUGCAUGUUCAGCUCUCCUUACUGCUCUCACUCUCCGUCCUUAAAUCUCCUCCUGCGUUCACUGUUGGGAAAAUCAAAACAUUGUUAAUUAAGAGAAAUUAUUUACCUCUUCUUCCCCUAGACUCCGCCUUCCCGGCUCUUGUCCACGCCAUCAUGAUCACAUCAUGAAACGUGACAUAAACCUAUAUAAACAUACAUCAAGAAUGAUUCCCAACAGGCAUCAGCUGACAUAAGGACUGCUAAGUCCAGAAACAAGAUCUAAAUCAAGAAAGUUUAGGAUACUUUACAAAUCGACAUGCAUUACAGUCAUAAUACAUGCAUCAGAGUUUCAAAUAUCAGCUUAUUAUCAGUUCUAGAAAUAUGAUGACACUAAUUCUCAUUUGUUUUUGUUUUUUUUUGUUUCUUUUUAUAUUUUAGACCCACAAUUGCAUUAAGUUUAAUCGAACUAUAAGAUAAAGAUGUUAAGGCAACGCAGUGCCAUGACACUUGUGUAUAUUUUCUCCGACCGUGUUUGCGUUUGAUGUCACUUUAAUCAACCUGACCAAGUCUGCACUCAUCAUGACAACUCAGGUGUGAUUGACAUCAAACUUGACAAAAGUAGCCUUUAUGACUGCUGUGAUUCUUUAUAUACACAGGAGAAAAAUUUAUUAUGGUCUCUGUGUUGGAGGGAUGGCAUACACACUUCACUUCCUCCUGUAAUACAGAGCAUAAUUAGCCAAUCGGUGAUGCAGCACGUGCAAGCGGGCGAAAAGAUCGUGUGCUUGUUUAUUACAAUAAAAAAAAAAUACUAAUUCCCUAUUCUUGAAAUUACGGCUUUGAAAUGUACGGAAAAUCUUAAAUAAAGCAGCGUUUAGCUUCGUAAACAUAGAGUAAACUUUUUUUUUCUCUUUCUCAGUACAGGAGAAAUGCCAGUGUGUCCACAUACUGUACUCUUCACACAUUGUAGCUACAGGGGGAUAAAGUAAUCAAUAAAGUAAUCAUUUAAAUCAUUUAAAAAUGAUUCCAUUUAAAGUGUACAGGAAGAAAUGACAAGUUUAGUUCUCUAAACCCUUCAAGGGACCAGCUUUAGUUUAGUUACAAUCAUUCUCGGGGACUUCUGGACCACCAGAGGAAAAAAAAAAAUGUUGUCAGAGGGACCUUUCUCAGGGUGUGUCUGUAUUGAUGAACCGAUCAAACUACUACAAAAUGAUAUUAAUGACAUGUCUAAUACUGUGAUAUAACAGUAGAAAAGCAUCCAUGUCAUUAACAUCCAUAAUGUGUAUAAUGUUUGAGAUUUCUGGAAUGAAUACACUAAGCAUUGCUUUUUUAAAUUACUAUCGUUAUUAUUAUUUUUUAUUCUUUUUUUUUUCUGUAUUUAAGAUUAAGCUUCUGUGAGAUUUAUUUGCCGAACGAAUGUUCGCCUUUUAAGCGCUUUGUUACGGAUCAUAUCAGUCAGUGUGAGUAAGAGAAAAGCUUCAGUGCGAAAAGUGCAAUCUCUGCUUUUUAAUCUAUCGCUCCAUCCGUGAUAUUCCGAGUGUUUGUAUUUUCCUUAAGCAGAUGAUGUAUGUACACUGUAAAGGUUUUAAAGGAACUUUCCCGUGACUCCUCUGUUACAUGUAAAAGACUGGAAGUCUUCCCGCUGUCCUUUAUACCUUUUUCAACCGCACUGACUUUCAUCCAUGAUCAGUAUAGUAUUAGUCUUACAGUAUUAAACCGAUCAGUGGGUCUCAAAAGCAGCAAACAAUCUCUGCCCGAUAUUUACAACACUGGAUGAUUCAAGGUUUAUUCUUAGAUUUAAAAAAAAAAAAUCAGUAUUAUAGUCGUUUGCUUGAGAUUUAGAGAUUUUAGAUAGUAAUAAAUUCACAUCUUCAGAUGUGUUAUGGAUUUUUUUUUUUUUUUUGAUUUUUUUUUUUGAUUAGUAAUGAUUUUUACCCCCAGCCUUUACUUUCAUCUGUACACUCAUGCAUAUCUACAUACCAUGUCCGUUUUAUGAGGAAAUAAUUACCAUUUCUAAACAUUUGACGAUCACAAAGACCUGACCGGCUUUUUAUCCAACACCCCAUUUUUGUUGUUUGUUGUUUUUCCACGUGUCCUGCCUUGGUUUCUCUGUAAAUGACACAUUGAGAGUGAUGCAAAGUCCUGUGCCUUGACCUGACUUCUAAUAAACAUUACUGCAAGCUCCUGAAUGAA